AUGUCACAGAACACCAUCGCUGAGAACUUUGGAGGCGCGGCCUCGAAGCUGGGAACCCACCAGUUCACCCUUGAGGAGUGUCCCGACCUCACCGGCAAGGUCGCCGUCGUGACCGGUGGCAGCGAGGGCAUCGGCUACGGCGUCACAUAUACGCUGCUGAAGAACAACAUCUCCAAGAUCUACAUCCUCUCCGUCCUGCAGGAGGUCGUCGACGGCGCCAAGGACGCCAUCUCCAAGGAGCUCGGCGCCGAAAAGGCCGGCCGCACCAAGUGGUUCCAGUGCGACCUGGGCGACUGGCGGCGCGUCAAGGAGGUCGCAGAGCAGAUCAAGAACGACACGGAUAGGCUCGAUAUCGUCGUCAACAAUGGCGGGCGCGGCAUCAUGACGUACCAGCUCACCGACUACGGCGUCGACCGCCACAUGGCCGUCAACCACAUGGGCCACGUCGUGCUGACGUCGCACCUGCUGCCGCUCAUCAAGAAGACGGCCGAGGGCGGCGACGUCGUGCGCAUCGCGAACCAGGCCAGCAACGCGCACAACGCGGCGCCGAGCGACUGCAGGUUCGAGAGCCUCGACGAGCUCAACCAGGACCUGGGUCCCAACGGGCAAUACGGCCGCAGCAAGCUCGCGGGUAUCCUGUACGCGCGCUACUUCAACCGCAAGGUGACGCAGAACGGCCAUCCCAACGUGUUGAUGAACGCGACGCAUCCCGGCUUCGUGAGCACCAAGAUGAGCAAGCAGGAGAUCUUUGAGCCAUACCCUCUCGGGGGAUACGCCAUGGCCGUCGGCAUGGAACCGUUCAAGAAGUCCCAGUGGGAGGGCGCCGUCUCGAUGGUCUACGCCGCCACGACAACUAAGGAGUCGGGACAGUACAUCUGCCCGCCCGCCGUCCCCGAGCCGGGAAGCAAGCUGUCCCAGGACGACGCGCUCGCCGACCAGCUCAUGGAGCUGACGCGGCAGAUCAUCACGGAGAAGACCAAGAGCCAGUCCGUCGACAAGGGAUGCCCGAUGGACGACCUGGUAAUGCAUUAA